AUGGCUACUGAACAAUCGUCUUCUGAAUCUCCAACUCGAAAGCGACCACGUCGUUCGAAACAAGAUCCACAAUUUAUAUUUGAUAAUCCAGCAAAUGAUACAACAGACAUGGAUACAGUCAUACCACCUACUGCAAAUAAACGAACUCCUGUCAAAACAAAGGUUAAAACAAUCCAACCUGUUGAAUCUAUAGAUGCAAGUGGUGAAUUAUACGAACCGGGAGAUAUUGUUUGGUGUAAACUCGGUGGUUUUCCAUGGUGGCCAGCCUUAAUUUACCGAUGUGCAGCUGAAGGAGGAAUUCAUACUAAGACAUUAAAUUCAAACAAUAAGCCGAAACGAUUGUUUUUCGUAUAUUUCUAUGGCAAAUAUCUAGAAUAUUCAUGGAUAUCAACACGUUGGUUAUUGAAAUAUGCCGGUCUAAGUAAUUUUAUUCAACAUGCUGAGGCAGCUGUUCAACAAGCAGCGACGAAAUCAGAGCAACUUGAAUUAGCUAAUCGAUAUCAGUUGAAGGUAUCGAUGAAAAAACGUGUGCAAUGGGAUGAAGCAAUUGAAUUGGCUGAUCGAGCAUUAACAAUGUCAAAAGAAGAAAGAAUCGAAGAUUUUAAUGAGUUACUAGAAGAUGCUUUAGAUCAAUCAAAAAGUUCUCGUCGUCGAAAAACAUCCGGAGAUCAAAAUCAAGAAGCGGAAGAUGACGAAGCUGGAGACAAACAAUUAAAUACCGAAGAGUCUUCAGUGUCAUUGAAUACUUCUUCUGCUGCUACCGUUGUUGAAGGCAAUGAAGAGAUAAAAACAAGAGAGAAGCCUGCUAUUACACCACGCAAACCUUUGGCUUUUACUCGAAAUGGUUCGACAAAAACAGAAGAAGAUGAACAAGUAGAAAAGAAGAAACGCAAACGCAAAGAAAAGUCAGAUGUGAAACCUGAAUCCAAUACAUCUAUUUCAUCGACUGAUAAUAAACCAUUAGGUAAAACUCGAACAAAGAAAAAUCAGACACCUUCGAGCAAACCAGUACAGAAAAAUCGUCGAUCAGAAAAAGUCACCAAUGGAAAUGAAGUUGAAUAUGAUUACAUACCAACAACCGAUCAACAAACAGCAUCUCCUAUCGUUCAACUUAUUCAGACCAAUAACCCACCAUUAUCAAAUUAUGAACAGAAACAAAUUGCCGAAGGUCUUCUUCAUCAUCCCAAAGAGAACGCAUUAACUUUUGAAGAAGCACAAGCAUAUGCCAAUGAUAAAGCGAAAGAAAUCGUUUUCGAAAAUCAUAAUUAUCAAAUGAAUACCAUCUCACCAGAAUGGUUCUACGAGUCAAUUCUAUUGAAAUAUCCCGCAAUUGUAUUCAAGUACCGCUCAUGGUUUGAAAAGAUUCAAACUGACGUGAUUCCGAAUGGGAAUGACAUGAUUAAGCUCAAACAAUGGCAAAUUGCAUUGAUGCUUCAUGCACAAGUCAAAUCAGAACAACAACAACAGGAGCAGCAUUCUACACAGCCAGAACCAAAUCCAAGCAAUGAAAGUUAA